UAGUAACACGAGAAAUGUUUAUAAAAAAUGAAAAUAUUACACCAAGUAUUAUUACAGAUAUUCGUCAAGAUCUAGCUAAUAACGGACGCUUAGGAUAUAUAUUUGUUGCGCUUGAUCUUCAAUCAUUUAUUUUACAUCAUUCACCAUCGCUAUUUGUAGAAAUAUCAUCGUAUGUUUCACAAUUUGAACAAAAUGAAUCGCUCGAUAAACGUUCAAAUAGUAAUAUUUCAUCGUAUGCUGAUAGUAGAGCUCCAAAAGCUUUUGCUAAUGUUUUCGAAGCGAUUGUUGGUGCCAUAUUUUUUGAUUCUGGAAAUUCUUUACAAAUUGUAUGGAAUGUAUUUGAACCAUUUUCAGAAAUUAUAUUAGUACAAAUUGAAUUGAAUUGUGGACAUAGUGUUGAAAAUCAAGAUGAACAAAAUGGUUCUGUGUGUAUUGUUGAAUUUCUUAAUGGUAAGAAAUAUGAAGGUACUGGAAAAAAUAAAAAACUAGCAAAAUUUGAUGCGUGUCGAAAAGCAGUAAUGGAAAUGUCAAACGAACAACAAUAA